AUGCAAAACCACCGAGAAAGAAGACAGCAAUCCUCCUUCUCCCACCACCGCUGGUCGCAACUCUCCCCCCCACACCCAUCCCCAAUCACAGCAACAGCAGGCCCAUCAAACUCUCGUCACCAGCCGGCCCUCGAUGAAUCCACUCGCGCAUAUCGCACCAUGGCACUUCGCCAAAUGAACAGUUACCAGCCAAAGCCCUGGUCGCGCACCCGUCGACAGACAGUCAGCACUACGAGAAAUAAUCCACCUGGGACCCCUCAGUCCCAAAGACCAGUAUCCCAACCAGUCCUCGUACGAACAUACUCCGGUAACACGGGGGAGAACAUCAACAACAACAACAACAACAAACCCGCAGACACUGGAAAUCACCCCACCACCACAUCCCCCGGCCGCCUAUCCAUCCCAUUCCUAAGCAACCCCAACCCCUCAUCCACCCCCCAAAACAAAACCACCGGCCCAACCCUCCCUCCACCAGACUCCUUCAGCAUCGAAUCCAUCCUCACCUCCAUAAACCCCACCAUCCAACCGACACUAACCACCAUCGCCGAAAUCUACGGCCGCAGUAAACUAAGUCUCGCAAACGAAUACGAAAGUCACAUAGCCCCGCUAGGCGAAAUCCGCGUCCCACCAGGAUACCUCUUACCAGUCGACGAGGCGAGUUCUGAGCAGGAGCGUCAGCAUGAUGGGACUGGGACUGGUGAUGUUGGUGGUGGGGACUCGUGUUAUAUGAGUUUUGCGCCGUUCUCGGUGGCGGGGGAUGGGUCAUCUGUGUUAGCGGAGCCGGAUACGCCGAGGUCGAUAGCGGGGAUGAAUUUGGGGUUUGAGUUGGAUGGUGGGGUUAGGGGGCUGGGGUCGGGGCCGGGGCCGGUUACGAGGGAGUUUGCGGAGGGGGAUGGAGUUUGUGGGAGGGGUUUGUUGGGGGAGGAUGUUGAGCAUAGGGUUGUUACGCCGGCUGUUGUGUCGGAGGUUCUUCUUGAUGCGCAGGCGAAUCAGGUGUUGGAGUCUGGGGCUGGGGAUGAUGGUGCUGGGUCAUCGUUGUUUGUGAUGGGAGGGCUGCAGUCGUUUUUUAGUCGGAUUGCACGGUAUGGACAGGCGCAGACUUGUCGACAGUCCGCGGAGGUGCAGCUGCGCGCGAUGCUGCAUCGUGAUCUGUCUGCGGACUAG